CAAUUAAAGUGUAGAGGAGUACAAGGCGACACAGCGGGUGGAAACGGUAAUCCAAUUCCAGCGCAGAGUGGAGGCUCGAUUCUGCUUUUUCUUCAUAUCAAUUCUCAACUAACUACCCUUUCUGGAAAUCCAUGGCAUCAAAGAUUCCCCAGUUACAAUCAAAGGUGAACCAAGCAUCACAAGCAGCGAAAAACCAUGGAGCUUCAUACUACAGGCUAUUGUUGGAUCAGAAUAAACACUAUAUCCAGGAUCCACCCACCAUUGAGAAGUGUCAAUCAUUGGCCAAACAGUUGUUUUAUACUCGCCUCGCCAGUAUUCCUCAUCGUUACAAUUCAUUCUGGAAGGAAUUAGAUCAUGCAAAGAACCUUGUGAAGAACAGGCAGGACCUAAACAUGGAGAAAGUUGGUUUUGCUGCGUUGUUUGGACUGGAGUGUUUUGCAUGGUUUUGGGGAGGUGAGAUUGUAGGCAGGGGAUUUACAUUCACGGGCUACUAUGUUUAAGUGGAACUGCUCUAUUUUAGACCAUACAACUAUUAGCUUUUUAUGAUUGAAAUUGGUAUAGUUUGGAACAUAAGGCCUUUGGUCCAGUUUUACACAUUAUGUUUUGAUUCUGAUAUUUUUAUGUAUGAAAAUGACAAGUCCAGUCAAUAUGGCGAGCAUAAUAAUUUGUGAAAA